GCUACUUAUACACUUAGACUAUAUUAUAAAUAUAGAAGAAGAAUGUAUAUUUAAUAUGAAUUAUGUAUUGCUCAGUUUGAUAAAAUCCAAACAGUAUUGAUAUGGAGCAAAAAGUAAUUAAGCACGAAAUCGAGAUUGACGAUGAUUUUAUUUGGAAUACGAAUGUUAAACAAGAAGCGAGUGUUGAAAUGCCUCAUGCUGCUUUUACAAAUAUGAAUACAAGUACUAUGCAUCCUAUUAAACAAGAAAUAUGUGACGACCUGAAAACAACUCAAGGACAUGAAGAAUCUAUGGUCACUGUGAAAGCAGAGGGAAGCUGUAAUACGGUUGAUAAAUUCAACAUUCAAAACAAAAUGGAAUACAUGGGAAUAAAAAAUAGAAAACCAAUUAAAUCACAAAGGCUGUUAAAAAAUGGAAAACAACUGAAUCUGAAUAUGAUUGGAGGGAUUAUAAUCUGUAAGCUGUGUGGAAAAUUAUAUACGAAACAAAUGGAAUUCUCUUGGCAUCUUUGUACAUGUCUUUGUAUGAAACAGAAAUUUUACCAGAAAAAUAAAUGUAAAAAAAUGCGAAAAACAGACCCUAACAGAAAUCUUAACAAGAAUAGGAAAAAUGAAAUUGAAAUAGUUGAAAAUGGUUGGGAAAAAAAAGAAGAUAAUAGAUUUGCUAAUAAUAUUGAUUCAAGUUUAGGUCAGAAAUUGAAGAGAAAUGAUUUAAACACAAGAAAUAAAUUAUUCAAAUGUGACAUUUGCUCAAAAACUUUGUCACGAAAAAGUAAUUUGAACAGACAUUUACUUAUUCAUACAGGAAAAAGGCCUUUUAAAUGUGGCAUAUGUUCAAAAUGGUUCUUACAGAAACGUCAUUUGAACACACAUUUGCGAAGGCACACAGAAGAAAAGCCAUUUAAAUGUGAAAUUUGCUCAAAAACUUUUCCACGGAAAAGUAAUUUAAACAGACAUUUAUUUAUUCAUACAGGAGAAAGACCUUUUAAAUGUGAUAUUUGUUCGAAAUCGUUUUCAGAGAAACGUAAGUUGAGUAUACAUUUGCGUAUACACACAGGAGAAAAACCAUUUAAAUGUGAAAUUUGUUUAAAAACUUUUUCGCAAAAAAACAGUUUAAACGUACAUUUGCCAAAGCAUUCUGGAGAAAAACCGUUCCAAUGUGAUAUUUGCUUUAAAUCAUUUCCUUAUAAAAAUUAUUCAACUAUACAUAUGCGUAUUCACACAGGAGAGAAGCCUUACAAAUGUGACAUCUGUUCAAAAGCUUUCUCAAACAAAUAUCGUAUGAAAAUGCAUUUUCUUAGUCACUCUGAAGAAAAGCCAUACAAAUGUGAUAUUUGUUCAAAAGCUUUCUUACUUAAAUAUAGUAUGAAAAUGCACUUGCUUAGUCAUUCCGAUGAAAAGCCAUACAAAUGUGAUAUUUGUUCGAAAACUUUCUCAUACAAAUCUGGUAUGAAAAGUCAUUUUUGUAGUCACUCAAAAGAAAAACCAUUCAAGUGUGACAUUUGUUCAAAAACUUAUUCACAUAAAAAAACUUUAAAUUUACAUAUGCUUAAUCAUACGGGUGAAAAACCAUUCAAAUGUCACAUUUGUUUGGAUUCGUUUAUAAAAAAAUAUAGUUUGGAAAUACACUCUCGCAUUCAUACUCUAAUAAAACCAAUUCAAAAGUGACAUACAGGGUCUUUAUCAAUUAAUGUAUUCAGUUAAAACGCAUUUUGAUCGAAAUGGCAUUAAUUUUCGUAACCCAUCGACAGAUUUUUUUAACUGUUGGUGCGUUUUGUUUGAUUUGUUGUAUUGAAAUGUAAAAAAAUUGAAAAAAAAAUUGCAAUGUGAAAAAAAAACAUUUAUUUUAUAUAUAUUUGUAACAGCCAUCAUUUUGUUUUUUUUUUUAUAUUUAUUCCAAGGUGGUAAAUUACGAUCUAAGCUACUUUUCUCAUAAAACUUUUUGAAUUUUUCAUUUCGUAUUUACCAAAUCGAGAUUAUCUCAGCGCAGUAGGAGGCUAUCAUUUUCGAAGUCUCGCUCUUUAUAAAAUAAUGUUGAAGAAAAAAAAUGUAACACUAUAUUAAAAAAAUAGUAAACAAAAAGUUUUUUCUGGAAUUAUAAUAAAGAAAACGAGAAAAAAAAUAUUUAAUUAUGCAUCAUUUUUCACCUUUAUAACCUGUACCCUUAACUUCCUUCUAUCUAUUACAAUUAUCUAACCUCAUAAUUUUUAACUUUUCUUUCAAUUUGCUAUCAUCAGAUUUUCCUAAAUUUAUUUCUGAUUCCACUUCCAUUUUUUCUAAAAAAUUUACUACAACUGAAUUUAAUGAUUCAAUGUUAAAAAGUUCAAAAAUAUAAACUUGAAGGGAUCCUCAUUUGAAUUUAUUAUUGUGGUUAUUGCAAAAUUAUUUACUAUAUUUACUAAUGCUUUUGAUGUUUCAACACUAUUCCUUAACUUUUCGUAAUCUAAUAUCCAAUUGCCAUUUUUCUAAUUAACUAGCUGCCCCGACAGUUGUUAUUCUGCAUUAACGAUGAAUAUUGACUUCAAAUUGGUUUUAAAACCAAAAACUUAAAAAUUAUUCCAAAAAAACAUUUAAAAUUUUUUUUGAUACAUCUCAAAAUCUACCUAUAAGUCGUUCAAAA